CUGGAAGGUAAAGCGGAUUCUACAAAGUGAAAAAGAUAAAAUAUAUAUAUAAUAAUUUGUAUGUUAUUAUAAAAAUAAACAAUCCGUUUUACCUUCCCAGAUAAGUUUCUGAACGAACUCCAGUAUUAAUUUAAAAAAAAAAAAAAAUCAAAUCAACCUCAGCCAACCUCGUGGUUCGGUGCAACAUCAGUCCAAGUUUUCAUGGUGUCAUGUCUUUGGAAGAUGAAGAAACUUCAGAAAAUAUUCUUUGUAAAUCCGAUGAUUUUUCAUUACUGCAUGACUCGAAUGAAAAUUCUGAAGAUGUAUUAGAAUGUUUAUCAGUGAUGGUAAGCAAUGAAGAAUCGGAAGAAAACCAAGUCCAAGGAAUAAUUCUAAACGAUCAUCCAUUAUUAGGAGCGACAUUAACAGCAAUAACGUUACCAGACGGAAGUCAAGCCUACGUAGCCAAUAACCUCGACAGCAACGACAACGAGGACACUCAUCUCGAGCUGAAAGAUUCUCUGGAAGUUAAAAACACCCGUACGAUUCUUAUCGGUGAUCUCUCCGACUUAUCCGAGGGCAAAACGCUGCACCUCAAACUAGAAACGAACGUCGACGCUCAAAUAAAACCCGGAUCAUCAUCCCAAGAUGACAUUUACUCAGGAGUCGAGAUAAUUGACGGGGCGACGACUUACAUGGUCACCAGUAAUACGGACAAUCAACUCUGGGAGAUAACCGGUGACAAAUGUACCAACUCAUCAGAUGACAUCAAUAAAAUUUAUGUUAAAAAAAUAACUUCUAGUACACGGAGUCAGUAUCCCUGCCCGCGAGAUGGCUGCGGUAAAGUUUACACUACUCUCCAUCAUUUAAAGGUACACGAGCGUUCUCAUACUGGUCAGAAACCAUACGAAUGUACUUUCAGUAACUGUGAUAAAAGUUUUUCAACAGGUUACAGUCUCAAAGCACAUUUGCGUACACAUACAGGUGAAAAACCUUAUAAAUGUAACUCUGAGUCUUGUAACAAGAGCUUCAAAACCUCUGGUGAUUUGCUCAAACACGUGAGAACUCAUACCGGCGAACGUCCCUUCGUUUGUCCUUACGAAGGUUGCGGUAGAUCCUUUACGACAUCAAAUAUCAGAAAAGUUCACGUAAGAACUCACACUGGUGAGCGUCCGUAUCAGUGCAGUACGUGCAAUAAAGCGUUUGCCAGUGCUACGAACUACAAAAAUCACGUGAGAAUUCAUUCUGGUGAAAAACCGUACGCAUGUUCGAUGGAAAACUGCGACAAACGUUUCACCGAGUACUCUAGUCUAUACAAACAUCAUCUAGUUCACACUCAGCAGAAACCAUUUGAGUGCAAAUUGUGUUUCAAAAGGUACAGGCAAAACAGUACUCUCGUUAUGCACAAGAGAACUGCUCAUGCUUUAGUCGGCGAAGGUGAUGCUGAGGAUUAUGUUGAUAAUGAUGGCGAGGCAGAGGGCGAAGGUGACGAUGAGGGCAUCGAUGGUAUUUUUAAUGACAACUGUGACGACAGUUUGAAUAACGAACAUCGAGAUGUUAAAAAUGUGAUUGACGUUAAUGAACAAUUACAAAUAGAAGGAAAUAAAAAUUCAUCGGAUAGUGGGACACAAAUUCUUUUUGUUGGUGAUCCGACUCAAAUUGCAGUACUCCAGCAAAUGGGCCUUGAAGAAGGAUUCAAUGAAACAGAAAUGGAUCCCUCGCUCGAAGGAUUAAAUAUCAAAAUAGAAGACAUGGAAUUCGGAUGGAAUUGAUAAACAAACAAUAAACAUAAAUAAGUUUAUUUAAAUGGAUUAAAUAAAUAUAUAAAGAGCUAAUGAGGUUAAUGUCUUUAUUAUUUAUAAUUAAAUGAUCUUAAUAUUUUUAUUAAAGAUUAAUUAUUCAAAUAAUAAAGACGAUAAGGAGUUAUAUUUUUUAAUAUAUGUGAUUUAUAUAUAUAUAUAGUUGUAUAUUGUAGUAAUGAAUUGAGGAUUAGUUUAAUUCUCAACUUUUUCCAGGUAAUUGCGAUAAUUAAAUCCUAAAUAGUCUACAGUUUAAAAAAUUAUGAUAUUUUGCAAUAUUAUUUAUCACGCAAUAUAUAUUUGUAUAUAAAUAUAUAUUUUAAUUAAAAAUAUUGUUGAAUAAUUUAUGUAUUGAUUGUAAAUAUAAAAAGUUAAUUUAUUGUUAUUAUUUAUUUGUAAUUUUAAAUCAUUUCAAAAAAGCCACGAUUUUUAAAAUAAAAUCUAGAAAAACGUCAACGGAUAUCCUGACAUAAAAAAAAAUUAAUAAUAAUUUAAAGAUUUAAUGUAAUGAAUAAAAAAAUAACGGAGGAGUAUGACGACAUAUAAAACAAUAUCGCAAAUUGGUCGUUAGUUUAUUAGUUAAUUUUAAGAGAGCAUUAAAAUCAAGUGGAAAUUUUAUAGCGCCGUUAAGAGUGAAGAGAACUAGACAACCGGACAACUAGAGCAACGACGAUGAUAUAUAUUAAACGUUUAAAUAAAUCAUCGUGAUACAAAGUGUCCACUAAAUUUAAUUAAAUUAAAUCUACUGCACUUGAAUACAACAGCCAAUAAAAA